CUUUCAUGGCGGCAGCUGUCCCCGACGCCGGGGGCUCCACGCCCGAGGCGGCGGGGUCCCCCGAAGCCCCGCUGCAGUACAGCCUUCUUCUGCAAUACUUGGUGGGUGACAAGCGUCAGCCCCGACUCCUGGAGCCUGGUAUCUUGGGCGGGAUCCCGAGCCCGGCCAAGAGUGAGGAGCAGAAGAUGAUCGAGAGGGCGAUGGAGAGCUGCGCCUUCAAGGCAGCGCUGGCCUGCGUGGGAGGAUUUGUCUUAGGAGGUGCAUUUGGGGUGUUUACUGCCGGCAUUGAUACCAACGUGGGCUUUGACCCUAAGGAUCCUUACCGUACACCAACUGCAAAAGAAGUUCUCAAAGACAUGGGACAGAGGGGAAUGUCCUACGCUAAAAAUUUUGCCAUUGUGGGCGCCAUGUUUUCAUGUACUGAGUGUUUGGUAGAAUCUUACCGGGGAAAGUCAGACUGGAAGAACAGUGUCAUUAGUGGCUGCAUCACGGGAGGAGCCAUUGGUUUCCGAGCUGGUUUAAAGGCUGGGGCCAUUGGUUGUGGAGGGUUUGCUGCUUUCUCUGCAGCAAUCGAUUAUUACCUACGGUGAGAGGAACUCCGUGGGAAAGGAUGCUGCCAGCCCGGGAUUGGAGAACAGUUUCUGCACCACUCCAGGACUCCGGCUUCAAGGGCUGAAGAUGUGGGUCCCCUCGUCUAGUCAGCUGUGAGGGAAUCGUCCGGCUGCUCUCCGCCUCCUGCCUUCUGAGCUGCCACACACUCUGCUGCUCCCAGACUUCAGCCAGUCUCUACAGUGGAUGCGCCACGCUAGAGUCCAUUUCUCAGAGCAGUGGGAGACAUGGGGUGUUGACUUGCAGGAUUGAAGCUCAGUCCUAGCCACUGCUGCCCCUCCGGGUUGGGCACAGGAGUGAUAGCAUCCUUGCACACACCCAGGAAGCUCCCCUAUCUUGGAACCUCACGCGACCGUCCAUCUCACAUAGCAGGUCAGGCAAAGUAAAUUUAUGCCAUCCUUUUUGGUGUGCUGCUAUCCUUGAUAUAUGUAUAAAAUACACACGUGCCCACACAAACUUUGCACUUUAAAAGGUUGGUUGAUUUUUAUUUAUGAAAUUUUACAAUUCCCAGAAAUGGUGCCAGGUGGCCCACAGAUUAGACAUGCAGAGGGACAGACUGAGAAAGUUCCUGAGGAGUCGGGGAAUGUUCAGUCCUCUUCCCCAAGAUCAUGACCACGACCACGACGUUGGCCGAGGCCUCAGCCCAGCAGUCCAGCCUCGUUGCUCCAUGGGCUGCACUGAAAGUCUGCAUGGGCCUUACUGGCCUCUCCCGAGAGCCCUCCUGCGGCUGGCUGAUGGGCACACCUGACGUUCGCUGAAACCACACAGGGUCCACGGUCUGAUCACUGGAGCAGGAGCAGGCCCAGCUCAGCAACACAUGUGACGGUCCUGCUGCCAUCAUCCUGGUGACUGCAUCACAGGCUGCCGCGGCUGGCUACGAUCGCACUGGCUGGGGGCUGUUCACCAUCCUUGCUCUCCAGUAUCAAUGGGUGUAUUUGUUUUUUUUUUAGUUUUUAUUAAGAAUUAUUUUAAUUUGGGAC